AUGUCCGAGUGUGAGGAGUAUAAGAUUGUCUCGAUGACGGGAUCAUCAAGAACGGGGCCUCCACAGGCCCAGCAAGAAGAACCGGUGUCUCCUGAUCACUCAUCGGAGAAACUAUUCAUCAAACGAAAAAUGACACCUGUUCAACACCAAACUGAACCAUUGAUCCAAUUAACGCCACUCUGGGAACACGUGGUACGGACGCAGCAAUUUCCUCCGGAGGUGGACACAUGUUUAGUAUUCAAUGAGAUAUCAUCAAGACUCCGAGAUCCUGAAUGGGAGGUCCGUCAACAUGCACUUAGAGUACUGGUCGACGUAAUACCGACACUCGAUGAAGAGCGUGUCGACGAAAUUAUGGAACCAGUUGUCGGGGAGCUUAUCAAUAAUCUAGGCCAUCUUGCCCCGGCAGUACGCAAAGGCGCUCUGGAUACCCUCCGAGUUUAUUUGCUGUACAGUUCCACUCGAGACGCCAUUGUAAAAAACAUAAUUGACCGAGGGAUAAACAGGAACAAUUUCGACACCGACUCUCACAUAACUCUCGGAGUAAUCCUAAGCGCUCCCAGUUUGGUGUUUCCUUCAUCGCGGAACAUAAAGCCGUCCCGACAGAGUCUAAAAACAGUUAUAAAUGCGUUAGCGAGUUGUCUUGGAGACAUAAAGUACCAGGAAGUAGCGCUAAAAUCAUUAGUUAAAAUUCGGGACGCGAUUGGUGAUGAAUUUUUGUCUUACCUAGAGGACUGUCCAGGAGCAAAGGAGGAUUUUGAAAAUUUGAGCCAGGUUUACAAUGUUCAUUCUCUGCCGAAGCGGUCGAAAAAAGUCCGGAAAAAACGGCUCAAGCACGACAAACCUGUCCAGAAAAAUUCCGGGGAAGAGAAAGAAGAAAAGAGGGAAAGUAGAGAAGAAAUACUUCCGCCUUCGCGAGUUGUUCUUGAAACUGAGAUUAAAUUUAACAAGGAGACAGCUAUCACCAUGACAAUUCUCGAGGAAAAAGACCUGGACUCCGAUGAUAGUUUAGAUGGCCCGCUGAAGCUAGAGGACGCUUCGAAGAUCAAGGAAGAGUCGAAGGAAAUGUGGAUAGAGAGACGCAAAACACCUCGGCGUGUUCAUUUCGGCGGUGAAAUCGUCAAAUUGAGAACCCCUGACAGCGAUGACUCCCAAUUGGUUCCACUCAGCUCCAGAAUACCCUUGCCAAUUUCUCCAGUUACCAAAAUGCCGAUCUACAGACCCUCGAGGUCGGUGUCGCAUCCUUGUAGUCCCAGUUCUCGGUGCCAAGUUCCCAAAAGAUCCCGAAGUUUUUCCGCGAGUCCUAAAAGAAAUUAUAUUCACGACGGAACUUUGAACCCUGGGAAGAGUAUUUUGAGCAAAACUUCAAAAUUGUCUGCUGAUAAUUUGUACUUUUAUGACUUGGAAGAUGUCGACAGUGUUUUUGGGUUUAAAGAGAGCGAUCGCAGCUGGUCGUUUGAAAUUUUUGACGCGAUUGAUGAUUACACGGAAAAAAUACAGAGCUCGGGAGUGAAGGACAAGCGAAAGAAGAAAAAGAACAAGGUGGGAAGAAGAAAAGUAGAUGAUUUUAAUAACUUCAGGGGGUCAGAAGAAAAAACUAAUGAAAUUAAUUUUAUCGAGUACCCGGAGGCUAAAGUUGGCUCGGGUAAUUUCGAUAAAUCCUUUGAGCUGAAAAGUAAAAACGGUAAUUUAAAUGGUAAUAGAUCAAAUAUUAAUAGCGGGAGCAAAGAAAUGAGUAAAAAGGAUAAGGAUGAGUUUAAUGAGAGAAGAAAUAAAAAUAUAAUUGAUAACUUUAAAAAAGUAAAUGAUAAAUUACGGUCGCCAAGCACUUUUGAAAGUUUUCCGCGUAAAGAACGUAACUACAUACUUAUGGAACUCUCGAGUCCUAUUAAAGACAGCAGAAGUCGUCAAGUUUCUCCGGUUUUGUCUUCAUCGGGUGGUGGGUCAGAGCUUGCACAAUCAAAUAAAAAUACCCUAGAGUCGGAAAGUUUAUCUGAUCGUGUAUCUAUUGGUGAGUUAAAUGCUUCUGUUGUAUUAUCCACUAAUGAGACGUUUAAGGAAGAAAGUUUAAACACGGAAAAUAGCGAAACUCGGGAGGGUCGGGAGGAUAAAAAAGUAGAGGCUGGGGCUAACCAAGUGCCAGCGACAGCUAAAGAGGAUAAGAAAGAAAUAAAUGAAAACAAUAAAGAAUCUAAAAAGUUUUCCGAUAGUAAGACAGUUGGUAAGAAUUUUGAUUUGGGCAAUGAAAGUCGAACUUGCAGCAGCAGCGAAGGGGAGAACAAAACCCAAGAGCCGAGUUGGGAAGAACUUGGGCUUGUUGAUCAAGAAGUGCUUAAUGAUCUUCAUAAUAAGGUGAGUUUUGUUUAG